GCCGCUCUCCCGUCUGAAAUGUGCGCCAGAUUGCCAAACUUCGAAAUAUUCGCCCCUAGUCUAGUCGGUUGCACAACACGGAAAGGACGCACCGGCACGGACAAAACCGACCUUGCGAGGCAUAGCGACACCAAGAACCGCCAGGCGAGAAAGAGCGCACGAAUAGGACAUACACGGGACGAUAAAGACAAGGUCUCAAUUUUGGCGGAUGGGCUGGGGGAUUGAAGCAAAACGGGCAACGGCACUCUCACCUUGGCACUCGAAAGCCCAGUGCCGGCUAACGGUUCUGCACGCCGGGUAGCCGCGGCUGUCGUCUGCCGCAACUUGCAAGCCCGAAGGGAGUGAAGGAAGUUUUCCUGCCUGCCUUAACUUACUAGUACCUAGGCUUUUCGGUCGUCGCGACGGAAUACGGAGCGUGGCCGGCCCAUGCCUUGAAGCUUGAAGCCACCCGAGCCGCACCAAACUCUGUCCCACCAUGUCUUCCCGACAAAACCCUCCCCCAUCCCGCGCGAGCCAAGGCCAUGAACACGCUCCGACAAACCCAAGCGGCCUUCGGCAAAGUUACAACGCGUCGUCGUAUGCCUCUCUCGGCGAAGCUGCCAGCCGCCGUGACAGUCCGCCCCUGUCUCCGACCUCACCGCCCCUAAACGUCCACGAUGAUGCCGUGCCGAGCCUCGCCCUGGCUGGCCCCAGCACCCCGCGUCGUGGCGCCCCGGCACAUGCCACAGAAUCUACAGCCUUGUUGAGCGGCGAGCUGGACUUUCGGGAGCACGUCCACGAUGGCCCAUGCAACCACGGCACCUUCUCCCCGCGCCCUGCAAGCCCGACUGCUAGUCUACACGCCGACUCGCACGCCCAGUCCGAUUCCGAGUCCGACUCCUUUAUACCAUCCAUGGACGGCAUGCUCUCGGGCUUGUCGUCGAAUAGCCACAAGGGCUGGAAGAAGCAGUGGGCCUCGAGGAUGAAGAGCAAGAAGAUGAGCACAUCUAGUGUCCUGGCAGAACGCCAUGGCAUCAAGGACUCUGGGCUGAUGUAUCUGUCAUACUAUCUUCCCGUGCUGGUGUGGGCACGCGAGUACAGCUGGUCCUACUUCAAGGGUGACUUUGUAGCAGCCCUGACGGUCGCCGGCAUGUACGUGCCCAUGGCGCUGUCCCUCGCUGACAGCCUGGCCCACGUACCGCCUAUCAACGGCCUCUACUCUUUCGUCUUGAACCCGUUGGUUUACGCCCUGCUGGGUAGCUGCCCGGCCAUGAUUGUGGGCCCCGAGGCUGCCGGAUCCCUGCUUGUCGGCACUGUCAUCAAGUCGACUGUCGACCGCGGCAACGGCGACGACGAUGACGCCGUCCUGCACGCUCAGCUAUGUGGCAUCGUUGCGGGAAUGGCCGGCGCCAUGGUCUUUGUUGCCGGCGUGGCCCGCCUCGGGUUCAUGGACAGCGUGCUCUCUCGUCCGUUCCUGAGGGGCUUCAUCAGCGCCAUUGGCGUCGUGAUUGCCGUUGACCAGCUCAUCCCCGAGCUAGGCCUAAGCCGAUUGGCCGAGGACAAUGGUGUAGGCCACGGCAGUAGCGUUGAGAAGCUGCGGUUCAUCUUUGGCAAUCUGGACCAUGUCCAUGCCUUGACAUUUGGAGUGGCUUGUACCAGCUUCGUUGUCAUCAUGGUCUGCCGCGAGAUCAAACGUCGCCUGCAGCCGAGAUAUCCUGGCGUCGCCUACGUCCCGGACCGCUUUAUUGUCGUUGUGCUAUCGGUCGUUAUGGCGUACUGGUUUGAGUGGGAGAAGGCGGGCGUCGCUGUUCUCGGCAAAGUGGAAGCCGCAAGCGGGCACCUAUUUACCUUUCAGUGGCCGUUCAAACUGUCAAACAUGACGCACAUCCGGGACGCCACAAGCACGUCGUUUUUGAUCGCCCUGCUUGGCUUCUUCGAGUCAUCUGUCGCGGCCAAAAGCUUAAACGGAAACACCGCCUUUGCCGGCAUUCAGUUGAGUCCAAACCGCGAGUUGGUAGCCCUGGGAGCAGCAAAUCUCGUCGGAGCUUGCUUCAUGAGUCUUCCUGCCUUCGGGGGUUAUGGCCGGAGCAAAGUUAACAGGUCAACGGGUGGGAAGACCCCUAUGAGUUCGAUCAUACUCAGCAUCCUGACUCUCAUCUGCAUCCUGUUCCUUCUCCCUUAUCUUUACUACCUUCCGAAACCCGUCUUAUCGUCCCUGAUAAGCGUUGUCGCCUGGUCCCUCAUCGAAGAAUGUCCGCACGACAUAUCCUUCUUCCUCCGGAUUAGAGCUUGGCAGGAACUGGGACUCAUGAUGGUCAUCCUGCUGUCGACUAUCUUCUUCUCGCUUUCCUUUGGUAUGGCUAUUGGCGUCGGUCUAUCCUUCCUCCAGGUCAUUCGGCACUCGACGCGGCCUCGGAUCCAAAUUCUUGGCCGCAUUCCUGGCACAAAUCGGUUUGAGAACGCAGAGUCUAAUCCAGACCGGCUGGAGUUCAUCGAAGGGUGCCUAAUCGUCAAGAUUCCUGAGCCGCUGACGUUUGCAAACACUGGAGAGCUGAAGACAAGGCUACGAAGACUCGAGCUAUAUGGCACAAGCCUGGCACACCCCGCAUUGCCCAGGCUAAGGAGGGAGGACUCAAACCACAACAUAAUAUUUGACAUUCAUGGCGUGACUUCACUGGACGGCAGCGGAACCCAAGUUCUGGAAGAGAUUGUCAGAGACUACCGCGAACGCGGGGUUCGCAUAUUUUUCAGCCGUAUCCCUGCUCCAGAUUCCGAUGUAUGGAGACUUAUGGAGCGGAGCGGCAUCAUUGAGCUUGCUGGAGGAAUGGACCACUUUGUCGACGACGUUCACGAGGCGCUGAAGAUGACCGAGGUCCAGGAGAUCGGCGAGCCAGGCCGUGCUUGACAUCGGUCGCGAGGCGAGACUGACCGACUGACACCAAAGAUAUAGCCGAUUGGAAUCUGUGGUCAUCAUGGAAGCGAAUUACGGGCUCUGAGCUACGCCGCGAUGCCGUAUACGGCGAGUUCCUCUGUGCUAGACUAGGGCCGCUUGGACAUGGUCGAAUGAACCCACGAUGUCAAAUCGGGUCCAGCUUUUAGAUGUCUUGAAUAGAGAUGUUAGCAUAUGGUCACAUUUCACAUGUCAUAACUCGCAAGAGACACCAAGAUUGAAGAAUGCAGGUUUGUAUAUAUCAUUUGUCAACUCUGAGCAGCGUGGGUACUGUUGGAGUGGGAAAUGUGUGCAUUGGCUAGCUAAUUCUAGGAGGAAAUCUCCCUACAAAACGUGUGGGCGAAAUCUCCAAGGCGGGGCUAAUGCCAUGUGAUUCAUCACGUGUGAUACAACCCCGCCAUAGGCACUGGGAUUGCGUGUCUAGGCUGGGUAAUUUUCGCC